GUAACAUUAGGCAGCGGCAGCGUAUUACCUCUCAAAUAUAUUAUAACUAACAAUGGCGAGGAAGCCUACAAUACCCUACUCAUCAUAAAAUCCUCCUUAAACGUGCCCAUCGCAAAAAUGCCUGCCGAAUGUGUUGGAGAAUUCGAGUUUAGUUGGCGUGUGGUAUGCAGCAUUGCGAAGCGACGGGCCUUCAAAGGUAGCACGGAACUAGAGCUCAGCCUUGAUCUUAGUAAUGUGGUCGGUGCUACUGAAGUGGAUAUAAACGCAAUUGUUCACAGUACGGGAAAUGAAGUGAGUCCAAAGGAUAACAAAUCGUCUGACAAGGUAAAACUUACCACAACAGCUGAGAUUUGGAUAACAGAGACUUCAACGAACAAAAUUUUUGCUGGAACCGAUGGGAAAGAAAAUAUCGCGGUUUCAACGGCUUUUGAGAUACAAAAUAACGGUCCCAGUCCGCUUAGUUUCUUUCACUUAAUUGUUGAUUUUCCUAUUGGAUUCAGCGGCGGCCAAUAUAUCAGCAACUACUCAGCGCAAGCUUAUUUCAAGGACCAUGAGUAUUCUAGUUUAGAAUUCAACAAAUCUGCACCAGCGUCGCCACCAAUAUUGAACACUACCGAGAUAUUAUACUUGAAUCAUUUACCCGAAAAUCACACGACUUUUGUCAGUUGCCAAUCGACCGAAAACUCCGAAAUGUCGUGCGCCUUGAGUGAUUUACUGCUGACGAAUGCCUUGUUCCCUGGCGAGAAUAUCACAUUGUUAUUGAACUAUGAAAUGAACUGGAAAAAGGCUGAGAAACUGCUGUCAAGCAGUAGUCAAUAUUUGGCCCAUGUUGCAAUGGUGAAUUUUAGGACAGAUAUACCCCUAAAUGGUAACUUAAGUAUUAAAAAGCAUUUCAAAGGCGCCAUAUUUGUGAAGAUCGCUAAACGUAAUCUAUUCUGGAUAUAUUUGGGCGCCAUAAUUGGUGGUAUACUUUUGCUUAUUGGAAUGAUAUUGCUGCUAAGAAAGCUGGGCUUCUUCAAACGAUUGACAAAGGAGGAAAUGGAGAAGAAUUUGAUUGAAAAGCGUGAAAAGGCGCGCAUGAAGGAGGAUCUCGAUGUGUGUGUGGCCGAAAUAGAGGAUGAUUUAACCAGUUCUUAGUGGUUUUCAUGCAGUGCAAAGAUUAUUAAAAUAUUAAAUAUUAUUAAGUCAAUUGUUGAUCAUAUAUGAAGAUACACAUUUAUUCAGGGUUUUUUGUUAAAUAUAAGAGUAUUAAAUUCUCCAGAACUAAAAUAUA